AUGACUGAAGAAAAGGAAUACAUUACCGACAAUACAAAGGCUGUAAAGCAUCGUUGGUUUAUUUUAGAACCAGCUGUAUUUUUGAUCUUCGUUGCAACAAAUCUAACAGCGGCUGUGUAUCAGAAUCAAUUAUUAUAUCAAACUUGCACGGUUAUAUUUCAUUACAAUGAAACUCAAUGCGAACCUUUGCUGGGGGUCCAACGUGAAACGGAUGAAAUUAAAAAAAUCGAAAUUGAGGUUCAACCAUAUGUAUCUAGAAUAUUGAUGGCUCGCUCCUUGUUGGAAAGUAUAAUUCCGGCCAUUGUAAGUUUAUUUAUUGGACCCUGGUCGGAUAAAUUUGGACGCAGGCCUGUAGUAUUGGCAACAUUUACAGGCUAUGUAACAAGUUCCAUUAUUUUGACCAUAUUAUGCGCUAUUGCUGGGAAAGUUAAUUUGAGUCCAUGGCUGUUUUUAAUAUCAUCAAUACCUGCGGUUUUAAGUGGUGGUAAUUGUGCUUUGAUAACAGGCAUCUAUUGUUAUAUUUCUGAUGUUGCUGAUGACAAGACUAAGGCGUCUAGAAUGGUCCUUAACGAAGUUUCACUUUGUCUGGGCAUGAUGAUUGGCAAUAUCUCCAGCGGCUAUGUGUAUGCGGCCACAAAUGCCUUUAUCACUUUUGCCAUAUCCGCCGCCCUGAAUUCCUUGGCUUUGUUAUACUGCUUUAUAUGGGUGGUUGAAAGUCUAAAAUCGGAGAUGAUUGAUAGAGGUUCUAAAAUCAAAGAAUUCUUCCGUUUCGAGUUGGUUAAAGACUUAUUCGUGACCUGCAUAAAGAAACGGCCCAAUUAUGAUCGUGUCAUUAUCUGGCUAACUCUUAUGUCUCUAACAUUCGCCGUUUUUGCCAUGGAGGGUGAUAACAAUGUGACUUAUCUGUUUGUGCGUAAACAAUUUGAAUGGACCCUGCAGGAUUAUAGCUUCUUUUCGGCUGGUCGUAUUGUGGCCCAAGUUAUUGGUAGUGUUCUGGGAGUCUAUAUACUAAGAAAGUUACUAAAUUUUUCCAUACUCUCUAUGACCAUGAUUGCUUUAACCAGUUGCAUUUUGGAGAGCACCUCUAGGGCCAUAGCAACUCAUGGGUGGGUCUUGUACAUUGGCCUUGCUUUGGGAUUUAUGCGUGGUAUUUUGGGGCCCAUGUCUAGAGCCAUACAUUCCUUUGUUACACCGCCAUUGGAAGUGGGUAAAGUUUUCGCAUUGACCACUUCGUUGGAGUCGUUGACGCCUUUGAUAGCCGCCCCCUUGUAUACUUCCCUAUACAGUUUAACACUAUCCACACACCCGGGUAUUUUCAAUUGCAUAAGCGCCUCCCUAUAUACGCUUGGCUUUAGUUUUAUGGUCGCUAUUUUUGUGUUGCACAAGUGUAAAGGCAAAUCAUCGACCUAUGAGAAUAUAGGGGGCUAG